CGCGUCCGAUCGGGGCCCGAUGAACAUCGUCAAGGGCGUCGCCGAUCUCCUCCGCAAGUCCACGCCCUCCUCGCCGGCCGCCGCUAGCGCCAGCGGCGGCGGCGCCGUCGGAGGCGGCGCGGGCGGGGGUGGGGCCGGGGUCGGCUCCCCCUCCGCCGACAAGCUCGCCGCCGCGCCGUCCCCCAGAGUCCGCUUCAGUGACAGCGGUGAGGAAGGGGUCUUAAACACGCUUUGGCACAAGUACGAGAAUGCCAUCGACAAGGCUGAAAAGAAAAAGUCCCUGCAAGUAUUUGUCUUGCAUUUCAUACAAGCAUUUAAAGACUGGGAGCCACACCAUAUUGAUCUAUCAGUUGACCGGGAAUCAGCAUCGAAUGAUACAGUUUUAGGAUGUUCUGGUGGGCAUCCUUCUGAGGUCAUCCUUAUUCUUGUUCAGGAGAUCACUCAAUUAACUUCAUUUGUCACUGAGAGCAGCAGCUGUCCAGAAUCCUCUGCCAAUCUCUCAGAGCAAUCCACAGACCUGGGAUUAAGUACUGAAGUGUUGACUGUUUUGGAGUGCUUCACUAUUGUUACUCGCUCAGUGCAUAACUGUAGAGUAUUUAGUUAUUAUGGAGGUGUACAGAAGGUUACUGCUCUUUUGAAAGCCGCAGUUGUAAAGCUCAAGACCUUGACCAGUUUGCUUGCCGCAGAUGAGCAACUGUCAAAUAAAACUGUAGAAAAUAUGAGGAUGAUGCAAAAGAUUCUUGUAUACAUUGUUACAAUAAUUUCAAACUUUAUGGAUCUGGAACCAGCUGCAACAAGGAUUUCACGGGUCGUCAGUACCACUGUUCCUACCCCGCCAAAUAAGUACUUGGCCACAGUUACUCCCAAUACUACAAGAAGAUAUGUUCCUGAUAGAAAUUGGCAGCAGAAGGCCAUUGUUUCAGUUAUGGAAGCUGGUGGUGUCAAUUGGUUAGUAGAACUUUUAAGGGUCAUUCGAAGACUGAAUUUGAAAGAGCAGUGGACUGACUUGCCACUUCACUUUAUAACUUUGUAUGCUCUGAGAUCAACAAUAUCUGAAAAUACUCGUGCGCAGAAUCAUUUCAGAAGCAUCGGAGGGCUGGAGGUUCUGUUAGAUGGACUGGGACUACCAUCAAGCAAAUUUUCAGUAUCAAAGCAGUCUUUUGUCCCUAGUGAUGAAAGGAGUGACAUUCUACAGCUCCAGAUACUAUCUUUGGAAAUUCUGAGGGAAGCAGUUUUCGGUAAUGUCAACAACUUGCAGUUCUUAUGUGAAAAUGGGCGGAUACAUAAAUUUGCGAACAGCAUCUGCUGGCCUGCAUUUAUGUUUCAGGAGUUUAAUCAGCAGAAAUUUCUUGAUCCUCAAGUGCCCAACUGGAAAAUCGAUAGACAAAGCACAGGGACUUCAGCUACAUUGGAAUCUUUCCCAAGUCCUGUUGAUAUUCUCGAUACAACAGAAUGGAAUGAGUAUUCUGUGAAGUUAAGCAUGGCACUUUGCUCCUUUCUUCUUCCUCCUAAUGAGAUCAGGUACUGUCCUGGGGCAACUGUUGUUACCCAAAUUUCUCUAUCCAUCUCAUUGGCGUACUGGGAGCAAUGUGUAAGGUGGAUCAUAAAGAUUCUUUCAACAGUUUUCCCAUGCAUCAAAGCUUGUGCUAGUGACACCGAAUUACCUAACCAUAUAAUGAUUCUUGCAAAUAGCCUACAGAAUUAUAUGCUCUGCACAUUUAGGAAGGUUCUCAUUUCAGCACCCGUUCUACUCAAAUCUUUCCGAGAGGAGGGUUUGUGGGAUCUGAUAUUCUCAGAGAAAUUUUUCUACUUUGGGUCAUCUGAGGAGUGCAUUCAUCAUAUUGUUGGUGACACACAAAGUGAUCAUUUAAUUGAUGCUACUGAAUCAACUGGUUCCAGAAGUAAUCUAGCGGAUGUCAACGUCCUUCAGUCAGAAGCUAUUUCCUUCUUGGAGUUUGCUGCAACACUGAAUGAAAAUACAAAUAACCUGCCAGAAUGCUCAGCAUUGUUAAAUGCACUUGAAUAUUGCACUAACGGUCCUGGAUUAGUUGGUGCUAUUCUUAAGAGCUUUCAUGUUAUCCUACAACUCGCCACUGAACAAACUCUAGCUUCUUUCAAGUCAUUGGACGUGCUUGCCAGAGUCCUGAAGGUUGCAUGCCUUCAGGCACAAGAAUUAAGGAAGUUAAAUUGCAGAGAUGACUUAAGUGGAAAUGGUUCUCAACCAGAAAAUGUUCUGAUGCCUUCUUUGGAUGAGAGAAUUAAGAAUACUCGUAGAUGUGUUGAACUGGCUUUCCACCUUUUCAAGGAAUAUGUCAAAAUAUCUGACCAUGGAAGGACUCUAGUUUUACAUAAUGCAAAUUGUAUUGGGUGCCUAUUUGAUUUAUUCCAAGAAGAAAACCUCCGGAAACAUGUACUCGAGCAAGUUCUUGCCUUAUAUAGGUUGCCCCCAUUAUCAUCACAAGAUCAUGCAGCAAAGUUGCAACUAUGCUCCAAAUAUUUAGAGACCUUCACUCGUGCCAAAGAAAAGGAAAAGGACUUUGCAAAAUUAUCAAUUGAUCUAUUAGUUAACAUGAGAGAGAUCAUUUUGAUAGAUCGCGUGUAUUACCAAAAUCUGUUUCGCAAUGGGGAGUGCUUCCUGCAUAUAGUCUCUUUGUUGAAUGGAACUUUUGAUGAAGCAGUUGGAGAGCAAUUGGUCCUUAAUGUCCUUCAGACGUUGACCGAAUUACUUGCUGAAAACGAUGAAUCCAAGGCUACUUUCAGAAUGCUGGUUGGUGUGGGCUACCAAACACUUCAAAGCUUGCUACUGGAUUUCUGUAAAUGGCUACCAAGUCGGAAACUCUUGGAUGCCCUACUUGGCAUGCUUGUCGAUGGGACAUUUGAGAUAGAUGAAAAGACAACAAUAAAGAAUGAAGAUGUAAUUAUACUAUUUUUAAAUGUUCUACAAAAGAGCAGCACUUCGCUUCAGCAUUAUGGGCUUGUGGUCUUACAGCAAUUGCUCAAGGGGUCCAUUACAAAUAGAACUUAUUGUUUCAAAGCAGGAUUACUUAGUUUUCUCCUUGACUGGUUUUCAGUUGAGGAAAUGGAGGACACAGUCAUCAAAAUUGCUGAGUUAAUUCAGAUUAUCGGAGGACAUAGUAUUUCUGGAAAAGAUAUACGAAAAAUGUUCGCUCUCCUGCGUGGUGAGAAGAUUAGUGUCAAGCAGAAGCAUAGUUCAUUGCUUUUGACAAGUCUUAGUCAUAUGCUCAAGGAAAAGGGACCUGAAGCUUUCUUUGAGUAUAGCGGUCAUGAUUCUGGUAUUGAAAUAAAAUCACCUGUUCAAUGGCCUUACAGUAAAGGUUUAUCUUUCUGCUGUUGGCUAAGAGUGGAAAAUUUCCCUGACAACGGUAUGAUGGGGCUUUUCUCCUUUUUCACGGAAAAUGGAAAAGGAUCUUUAGCUAUGCUUGGGAAAAAUACUCUAGUCUAUGAGUCAGUCAGUCAAAGGAAUCAGUGUGUUUUGUUGCCUCUAAGCCUCCCAACGAAGCAAUGGAAAUUCCUUUCUGUUACUCACACAAUAGGGAGAGCUUUCUCUGGAGGAAGCCAGCUGAGAUGCUAUGUAGAUGGUGAUUUAGUAUCAACGGAGAAGUGCAGGUAUGCAAAAGUUAAUGAAGUAAUGACUCGCUGCAGUCUUGGCACAGAAUUGAUGCCCAUUGGUGAAGAACCUACUUCUCUUGGUUUUGAGGGCACUUUUGCCUUUGCUGGUCAAAUGGGCCCCGUUUAUGCAUUUUCCGAUGCUCUCUCUUCUGAACAAAUAAGAGGCAUAUAUAAUCUAGGACCUAGUUAUAUGUACUCUUUCCUUGGUGAUCAGAACUUGCUUAUGAAUAAUGACUCACUGUACAAGGGAAUUUUGGAUGCAAGGGAUGGUAUUUCAUCAAAGAUGAUUUUUGGCUUGAAUGCUCAGGCUAGCAAUAAUAGGACUUUGUUCAAUGUGUCCGCUGUACUUGAUAGUGUUGACAAGAGCAAGCUUGAGGCAACCAUCAUGGGUGGCACAAAGUUAUGCUCGCGCCGCUUGCUGCAGGACAUAAUUUAUUGUGUUGGCGGUGUCUCUGUAUUUCUUCCACUUCUGAUACAUUUUGAUGAAGCCAUCACCCAUAGUGGAGAAUCUGCCACUGGUGAUGAAUUGGCAGGUCAAGUCAUUGAGCUUGUUGCAUCUGUUCUGGAUGGAAAUGUAGCAAAUCAGCAACAGAUGCAUCUUCUUUCUGGAUUCUCCAUUUUAGGUUUCUUGCUUCAAUCUGUUUCAGCGCAGCUGCUAAAUUUGAAGACUCUUUCAGCACUGAAGUACAUGUUUAAUGUUUUGACGAACUGCGGUAUGUCAGAAGUUCUAUUGAAAGAUGCUCUUUCACAAAUUUAUCUGAACCCACACAUCUGGGCAUAUUCAAGUUAUGAAGUACAAAGAGAACUUUAUUUGUUUCUUAUACAGUAUUUUGAGACUGAUGGGAAAUUGUUACCAAUAUUGUGUGGGCUCCCUAAGAUCAUUGACAUUGUACGCCAGUUCUAUUCAGAAAAGUUAGAUUCUAGGUCUUCUAAGCCUUUACUACAUCUGGUUACUGAACAACUGAUUGGAGAGAGACCGCAUAUAGAAGAAAUUCGGAAGAUCCGUGUUCUCCUCUUGAGUCUUGCAGAAAUGAGCUUAAAGCUGAAGGUUUCUUCACAUGAUAUAAGAGCUCUUGUGUCCUUUUUCGAGAAAAGUCAAGAUGUUGCAUGUAUCGAGGAUGUACUUUACAUGAUUAUACGUGCCCUUUCACAGAAUUCACUUCUAUCAUCUUUCUUGGAGCAAGUGAAUGCUGUUGGUGGUUGUUACAUUUUCGUCAAUCUUCUUAAAAGGGAAUUCGAACCAAUCCGUCUACUGGGGCUUCAGUUUAUUGGAAAGCUUCUUGUUGGAGUUCCAUCUGAGAAAAAAGGACCAAAACUCUUUGGCCUUCCUGUAGGACGACCUAGAUCCGUUUCUGAAAAUAUACGAAAAGGAAUAUCAGCAACACCCCAACUGUUUUUCUAUUCAAUAUCUGAAAGACUUUUCAAAUUUCCACUUUCAGAUCAUUUAUGUGCUACCUUUUUUGAUGUUCUUCUUGGUGGAGCCAGCCCUAAACAGGUCUUACAGAAACGUUCCCAAUCUAAUGAGUUAAAAGAUAGGAGCAGUACAUCAGUAGUGAGCUUGGCUCCAUUUUAUGUUCCUCAGAUGUUGGUCUGCAUUUUUAAAUAUAUGCAAUCUUGCCAAGACGCGUCAGCACGCACAAAGAUCUUGAGUGAUCUUCUGGAUUUGCUCGAUUCAAACCCCUCAAAUGUCGAAGCCAUUAUGGAGUAUGGCUGGAGCUCUUGGCUUGAGACAUCUGUGAAGCUUGAUGUCUUCAGGAACUACAAAUCAAUUUCAAAAGAGAAGGAUAGUAAUUUGGAGACCAAUGAGCUAAUUCUUACAAGGAACAUGUAUUCGUUAGUCCUCUCUUAUUGCUUGUGCUAUGUGAAAGGUGGCUGGCAUCAGCUGGAAGACACAGCAAAUUUUCUUCUCUUGAAAAUUGAGGAGGGGCAGUUACCAAAUUUGUGUCUGCUGCGAGACAUCUUUGAAGAUAUCAUUGGAAGCCUGCUCGAGACAUCUCCCGAUGAAAACAUUUUCAUUUCACAACCAUGCCGUGAUAAUAUCUUGUAUCUUUUGAAGCUGAGUGAUGAAUUGCUUGUUGAUCAAAUUGGAAUUAAACUCCUGUUUCACUCACCUGAUGUGAAUGCACAAUCUUCAUCUGAUGGCUCACAGAAAGAUGACAUUAGCUCUGCAGUUGUAGAAAUCAUAAAUGCUGAGACAAAUGGCCAACCUACAAGUCUUUCUUGGAGUAGCAACAUAUUUUCUGAUGGAGAUGAGCUGACUGAUGAUUGGUGGAGCUUUUAUGACAAAAUAUGGACUCUUAUUUGGAACUUAAAUGGCAAAGGACAAAACAGAUUGACACCGAAGGGAUCAAAUGCUUCUGUUCCAUCUAUCGGACAAAGGGCACGUGGGCUGGUAGAAUCUCUGAACAUCCCGGCUGCAGAAAUGGCUGCUGUAGUUGUAGCUGGGGGCAUUGGUACCGCAUUAAGUGCAAAGAACAAUAAAAUUACUGAUAAAGCCAUGAUGUUAAGAGGAGAAAGGUUCCCAAGAAUCAUUUUCCACCUCGUAAUUAUGUAUUUAUGCAAAGCUGGGUUAGAAAAUGCAUCCAAGUGUGUCCAGCAAUUUAUAACAAUGCUUCCUAACUUUAUUUCGGAAGAAGAUCAAUGCAAAAGCAGACUCCAUUUCUUAAUUUGGUCUUUACUAAGGGUCAGAUCCCGGUAUGGGGAACUUGAUGAUGGUGCACGUUUCCAUGUUAUGUCCCAUCUGAUUCUUGAAACUGUCAUAUAUGGAAAGUCUAUGCUUGCCACUAGCAUGUCGGGCAGAGACGAUUCUGCUGAAGCAAAUAGCAAUAAGGAGUCUGGGUUCAUUCUUAAUCUUGUUCAGAAAGAUCGUGUUCUUGCCAUGGCUGCUGAUGAAGUGAAGUACAUGAAGGAUGCUAAGGCUGAUCGCCUAAGGCAGCUCCAGGAACUAAAUUCUAAACAUGAUGAGCGCUUGAUUGAAGAUAUAGAACAACUCCAAAGCUUUGAGGAUGAUAUACAGUUUGCCAAGACUGCUGCAAUUUCUGCAGAUGACAAUAGAAAAGCAGCUUUCAAGCUUGCAUUCGAUGAGGACCAGCAAAUUAUUGCAGAUAAAUGGAUACACAUUUUUCGUGCUUUGAGUGAUGAAAGAGGACCAUGGUCUGCUAGUCCUUUUCCAAAUAAUAUGGUGACACACUGGAAACAUGACAAGACAGAGGAUAAGUGGCGGCGGCGGCUGAAGCUCAAGCGUAAUUAUAAGUUUGAUGAACGCCUUUGUCAGCCACUGUCCACCAAAUCUAGUAACGAAGACACUACCCCAUCUGUUUAUCCGUUUGUUAAUGCCAAGCUUCCAGAAAAGAUGAAGCGCUUCCUUCUGAAAGGAGUGCGCGGAAUCACAGGGGAUAUUAGUUCUGAAUCAUGUGAGGAUAACAAUGAAACGAGUGAGCCUUCUCAGAAUAAUCCAGCAGAUAACCAGGCAUCAAGUGAUGCUGUAGAUUCUGCAGACUCUUCAGGGUAUCCUACUAUUGUUCAAAAUAGGAAAGAGCCAUUAUCUACUGGUGGAGAUAACGAUUAUGCUGAGGUGCUAUCUUCCGUUCAUUGUGUUCUUGUAACACCAAAAAGAAAACUAGCUGGACAAUUGACUAUCACACGAAAUGCCAUGCAUUUUUCUUUCGAGUUUCUGGUUGAAGGCACAGGGGGCUCAUCUGUUUUCAACAGGUUUCAAGAUAAAAAAGAAUCAGAUUCCAAGAAUGAGCUGGGAAGUGUGGAAAAGCUGAAGAGUAAUUCUGAUGUAGGACGAGGCAAUCAGGCUGAAUCUGGUGAUGCUCUGCUGAAAAGUCAAUCUAACAAAAUCAAACACCAUAGAAGGUGGAAAAUAACCAGGAUAAGAGCAGUUCACUGGACACGUUACCUACUACAGUAUACUGCAACAGAGAUAUUCUUUGAUGAUGCAAAUGCACCUAUAUUUCUUAAUUUUUCCUCCCAAAAUGAUGCUAAAAUUGUUGGGUCUCUUUUAGUUUCCCUGAGGAAUGAUGCUUUGUUCCCCAAAGGAAGUACGAAAGACAAAAAUAGUGUGAUUUCGUUUGUUGACAGAAAGGUCGCAUUGGAAAUGGCUGAGAGUGUCAGAGAAAGUUGGAGAAGAAGAGAAAUCAGCAACUUUGAGUACCUAAUGAUUCUGAAUACUCUUUCUGGACGAUCCUACAAUGAUUUAACUCAGUAUCCUAUAUUUCCUUGGAUAUUGGCCGACUAUUCGUCAGAAAAGCUUGAUUUCAACAAGUCAUCUACUUUCAGGGACCUGUCAAAGCCAGUUGGUGCACUGGAUGCAAAACGCUUUAAGGUUUUUGAAGAUAGAUAUCUUAGUUUCUGUGAUCCUGAUAUACCAAGUUUUUAUUAUGGAUCACACUACUCUAGCAUGGGAAUUGUUCUCUAUUACCUUCUAAGGCUUGAGCCUUUUACUGCUCUACACCGCAAUCUUCAGGGUGGUAAAUUUGACCAUGCAGAUCGUCUCUUUCAGAGUAUUGAAAGCACAUACAGGAACUGCCUGUCAAAUACAAGUGACGUUAAAGAGCUUACACCUGAAUUCUUUUACAUGCCCGAAUUUCUUGAAAAUUUAAAUUCGUAUCACUUUGGGGUAAAGCAGGACGGUGAACCUUUAGGUGGUGUUGGUCUCCCUCCAUGGGCAAAGGGUUCACCUGAAGAGUUCAUUCAUAUCAAUCGAGAGGCCCUUGAAAGUGAAUAUGUAAGCUCUAAUCUUCAUCACUGGAUUGACCUCAUAUUUGGUUAUAAGCAGCGUGGCAAGCCUGCUGUCGAGGCAGCAAACAUAUUUUACUAUUUGACAUACGAGGGUGCAGUUGAUUUGGAAAACAUGGAUGAUAUUUUGCAGAAGUCUGCUAUUGAAGACCAAAUUGCAAAUUUUGGACAGACACCCAUUCAAAUUUUCCGGAAGAAACACCCAAGAAGAGGACCUCCUAUACCAAUUGCCCACCCACUAUAUUUUGCUCCACAGUCGAUAACAGUUACUUCUGUUGUCCCUAGUGCAAUCAACUCUUCAUCAUCUGUAUUGUUCAUUGACUUGUUGGAUUCAAAUGUUGUCUUAAUGAGUGAGGGGCUCAUACUGUCAGUAAAGCUUUGGCUAACAACACAAUUGCAGUCUGGUGGAAACUUCACGUUUUCUGGAUCAAUGGAACCUUUCUUUGGAAUUGGCUCUGAUGUUAUUUCUCCCCGAAAAGUUGCUACUUCCUUGGCUGAAAAUGUUGAGUUUGGAAGACAAUGCCUAGCAGCUGUCCAAAUUCAUGGCGAUAACUAUUUGAUUUUAUGUGGUAAUUGGGAGAACAGUUUCCAGAUCAUUUCUCUUAGUGAUGGAAGAAUUGUGCAGAGCAUCCGGCAGCAUAAAGAUGUUGUCAGCUGUGUUGCAGUUUCAUCUGAUGGAAGUGUAAUUGCAACUGGAAGUUACGACACAACUAUUAUGAUCUGGCAUGCAUUCCGAGGAAGAUCAAAUGACAAAAGAUCGAAGAAUGCAAAUAAUGAUCUAUCAACUAAGGACCAUGUUAUCAUCGAAAAUCCUUCUCAUAUCUUGUGUGGUCAUGAUGAUAUCAUCACAUGCUUAUUUGUUAGUACGGAUCUAGAUAUUGUUAUCAGUGGAUCAAAAGAUGGAACUUGUAUAUUUCAUACAUUGCGUGAGGGGACUUAUGUUCGAUCCAUUCGACAUCCGUCAGGUGCUGGUCUGUCAAAGUUGGUGGCAUCACAGCAUGGCAGGCUAGUAUUUUAUUCUGAGAGUGAUCUCUCGCUGCAUAUGUAUUCCAUAAAUGGAAAACAUAUUGCUUCAUCAGAAUCCAAUGGCCGCCUCAAUUGCAUGGAACUAAGUUGUUGCGGAGAGUUUAUGGUAUGUGCUGGUGAUCAUGGACAAAUCAUUCUGCGCUCUAUGCAUUCUCUUGGUGUUGUUUGGAGGUACGAGGGAGCUGGGAAGAUAAUAACGUCUUUAGCUGUGACUCCUGAGGAGUGCUUUUUAGCUGGAACCAAGGAUGGUAGCCUGAUUGUAUUUUCAAUAGAAAAUCCUUUACUUCGCAAAGGUGGCAUACAACGGAACAAGAUAAAAUCUUCUUUAGGCUAAGUGGUGUAUCGAGGAACAUUGAUUAGCCCUCCUCGCUGCACAUUCUGAACAAAAGAUUGCCGGCAGUAAAUGUAAAAGAGAACAGUUUGUUACUCCUGUACGCAUGUACAUACAACAUUAGAUUGAGGAGUUAGGAUUCUGCAGAAUGCCUGAGCUGAUCACGCAGAUAAUUCUUCUAACUGAAGUCUGAAGUAUGGAUACACGAUACAUUUUGUUUUGACUCCCAAGACAAGCUUGGAUACGGACAUCCUCCUAGUAGUGAUUGCUUCGGUCCAUCAUAGUUUUCACCUGGUGAUGGACUGUUGGUUCUAUAGCGAGUGUAAUAUAACCUUCUGCGAUGUUCUUAAUAGUCAGGGCGAGCAACUCGCUCCCCAAUAGAGUUUGCCUGUAUGUAUUAGAUGCCAUUGCCAUGUAGUUACAAAACUGUACACUGUACACUGUACAUGGAAGCUCAUCUUAGUGGGAAAAUAAGCGGCAUGCUUCCGAUUUCUUC